CCAAGCCCUUUCCUCUCCUCUCCCAACUGCAGCCUCUUCUUCUGCUCCAACGGAUAUAGCGUGAGAGAGAGAGUGAAGCGAUGCCGAUGAAAGCAGCUGCGACGGCAGCAUCAUCAAUCCGAGGAGGAACCGUCCUAUGUUCGCACCAUUUCGUUCUCUGCAACCACCGGAAUUUUCUCUCUCUUAAUCGAGUUUCAUCCACAGCUGGACCCAACUCUCGCACACACCCUAGCAUUUUCAGCAAUCAAGAACCAUUUUUUGCCAAAUCCAACAACAGUAUUAGGUUUAAAUUCAUCUCCAGAGCCGCCGAUUCAACUCAGCCGUCUUCGGCCGCAACUGCCGACAAGUCUGUUGUCUCCGAUGAGGAGUUUUCACUUGCUAAGGUUUCAUUUGGUGUUAUUGGACUAGGUGUUGGCGUUACACUACUUUCAUAUGGAUUUGGUGCAUACUUCAACAUCCUCCCUGGAUCUGAAUGGUCUGCAUUGAUGCUAACAUAUGGAUUUCCUCUUGCUAUAAUUGGCAUGGCUCUCAAGUAUGCUGAGCUUAAACCAGUGCCAUGCUUGACUUACUUAGAUGCUCAGAUGUUGCGAGAAAAAUGUGCCACCACAAUUCUUAAGCAGGUUAGGAAUGAUGUUAUACGAUACCGUUAUGGGGAUGAGCAACAUUUGGAUGAGGCCUUGAAACGAAUUUUUCAGUAUGGUCAGGGUGGAGGAAUUCCACGGAGAAGUGCACCUAUUUUACGAAUGAUCCGUGAAGAAGUUACUGACGAUGGCAAAUACUGUUUGGUCUUGGUGUUCGAGGCAAAAGCGCUGCAGUUGGCAGAUUUUGAACAAAGACAGGUGAAAUUUGCUUCAUUCUUUGGACCUGGGAUCACCGCUGAAGUUGGGAAAGGAGAAAAAGAUCUAUAUGAAGUCAAGCUUAUAUCCAACACAACAUUAUAGGGAAAGUGAUCUGGCUGCUAUUUGGUCUGGCUCUGCACAUUACGGUACAGUGGAUAGUAAGAUUGAAGGCGUUGGCCACGAUACGCAGCAAUGUGUGUACAGGAAUUGUAACAAUUGGAUGCUAAGCUCUUGUCAUUGCAUGGGGUGUUUUUCAUCUUGUGUAUCACUGUUACAAGUCAAAUGAUAUGAGAAAACAAUUCUCUCUAUAAGCCCUAUAAAAAUUUAACGAGGGGUUCAUCAUGGUUGC